AUGAUACUCUACAAAGGCAACGAUGAGCUAAUAUGCAAGGUAUUCACCAUGACUUUAUGGGGAGUAGCCCAAAAUUGGUUUCAUACCUUGGCGCCCAAGUCGAUCAGUAGCUUCAGAGAGUUGGCCCUUGCCUUCAUGAAUGAGUAUACUUCCUACCAAAUGAUCAAGAAGCAAGCUGACCACAUCUUCAACUUGAAGAAAAAGCAUGAUGAGUCUCUCCGAUAUUACAUUAGGAGGUUUAAGGCAGAAAAGUCCAACAUUGUGGGGUGCGAUGAUCGAAUUGCAUACUUCGCUUUCAAGAAAGGCUUGCCAACCUAG